AGAAGAAGAAGUAGCCAAACCGGAAAUCAUCGCUAGAAGCAGGCGUUAGCACCGAGUGAACGUUAUUUCACUCUGACACUCGAACGUUAAUAUGUCUCGGGUUCAGAGGCUUCGGGUGUUCGUCAGUCAACGUCUGAACGUGGCGGUGGAAGAAAUCCUGGAGGCUUUUGAAAAAACCAUCGUGAAAUAUGAAGAAGAAGCGGCACUGAGUCGGGAAGUGAUCUCCCGUCAGCACGCGCUGCUAUGCGCGCUAAACAACCCGAUAAUGGAGGCAUCUUCAACAGAUGUCUUCACACAACAGCUGCUAUACAGUAAAGAAAAUGUUUCCCCUAACCACCAGAACCUGAGCCAGGACGUGGUUUCUGAGCCUUUACGUGUUGAGGUGAAACAGCAGGAGGAGCAGCUCCAAGACCUGGAUGACGUCGAGAUCAUCGAGUUCACCUACAAUUCUAAGAAUGCAAUAAACCCACGUAACAACUUUCAAACGUUAGCUGAACCGGGAUCAGUGGUUCCAAAUCAAGAUGGCUCUCUAGCGAUGUCGUCCGACACUGAAGACAGUGAUGAUUACAGUAAAGCCGCUGCUGAAGCUAGACCGGCUUCAGAAAAACCACAGGAGCAUAAUCGACCGACAGACGGGUUCACCUGCCGGGUGUGUAACCGAACUUUUACGGCUCGCAGGUUUUUGUUCAGACACGUUAGAGCUCACAUCCGUGAUACAAAGCAGGUCUGCGGUCUGUGCGGGGAACAGUUUGAGGUUGUCGAUGGUCUGAAAAAUCACCUCCAGACGCACUCAAAGACCAGGAAGCGGAAAAUUCAGGUCAGGACUCAGAGCAGAGAGAUGCGGAUUCAGCUCUAUGACAUCAUCAGAAACAAGGAAACGGAGAAACCGGACGAGUCCAGCAAGACUCCACUGAAGAAGAAGAGGCCCAGAGGUCGGCCCAGAAAGGAUAAACUGGACCAGGAUAGUUCAGGGAAAACCAAAAAGCGGAAGAGGAAAGUCUGAAGGGGGCUUUAAGUUUAAUUUAUACAAACAUGUACCUGCAGUUUGAUUUAGGUGGAAAAAUAAUUGUACUGUGGUUUAUUAGUUACGUUUCUAUAGUAACUGACAUUAAAAAUGUUUCCACAACUUUUGUUAAUUUUUCAAGUUUGCAAACGCCGGGGCUUUAUGUGUCAUCAUUAAUUUGUUUCAUUAUUAUAGGUACUGGUUUCAACUACAGUCUUUGUUUUAAAUCCCAGUUAAAAAGUAGAAAGAUGGAAAAUGAAUGAUUUUUGUUAACAAAUUGCAGC